UUUUGCAAGCAAGAGAAAGUGGAACCUAGUGAAAACAUGCUCAAUUUCAUGGUUUUAUUCCAUGGCGUCCCCAGCCGUGAUGCAGUAAAAGAACACUUAAGAGAACUAUAGAAGAGGUACAAUGAUCAAAGUGAUGAUUCAGACCAGGCAACGGAGUUCAUUGAUAUGCUAAGUAAAGGUUCGGCUUAUAUGGCCAAGCUUCCAGGUGGAAUACAUGAAGGCAUUAGAACACUGGUCGACAAACAUACCAGCAAUGCGACAAGCCUGCUAAUUACGGAAGUGAUGAAAGACAGCCAAACGCAGAAGAAGGCCACAGGUCAAUCGAAAGCGCAUCCUGUAGAAGAAAAGGAUAAGAGGGGAGUAAAGCGUGGCAAGCAAGCGAAAAAAGUAGACCAGAGUCCCACCCCUUCCAAAAAAGCUCGCUCGGGCAGGGUAUGUAAAUCCCCAUGUCAUGGACAUAGAAUGUUAUUUACUCUGCUCCGUAGGCUGAGUCAUCUACAAAAGUCAUUGAAGAAACCUCGGCGACUAAGGUAGAGAAAUCUCGACCAUCUGUCGGAAAAUCGGCGACCACUUCAACCAAGACUAAAGAUGGAGUCGCUAAAUCCGAUGGCAAGGAGGCCAUAGAACCAAGCCUGACGCGUUCCCGCCCGACCUGAUGAACCAAAAUUCAAAUGAAAAUAACUGGUUGAUAAAGUUUAGGGCUUUGAAGAACAAGUAUAGCCGGGAAAUAUCUCAAAUGCAAGAGCUGUGGCAGGCAGAGGUCGAAAAGCUCGGUGUGAGGGAAGCCGAAACCCAGAUGACAAUUAGAAAUCUGAAAGCAGAAUUAAAACAUCUGGAUGAAGCACGAAAGACUCGCCAAGAUGAAGGACGGAAGACUCAAGAAGAAGAUGCGAAUGUUUCACGGGAGACGCGGCAAUUUGAGGAUUUGGAAGAAAUAUAUCGGUUGACCAAAGAAAACAGAGAAAUGCAUAAAUUUGCAACGUUUGCCGAUUUGAAUUCAUCAGGAAGCCUACAUCUAGGGCACGAUAUCGUGGAUGAUGCGAUGGAUCAAAUACAGUUCGAACUCUCUUCAAUUUCUUACCGUCGCAGUACUACCGGGCGUCUUGUCCCCAUAAUAUUUGCAAUAUCAGGGGACUUGCGCAGCCUGACACUUUCGGCAUUUAGUAGCGAUAUCGAAACGGCUACUGGUAGAGAUGACGUCGAGACUAUUUUGAAGAAGUUUGGUGCGCAAACCUGCAUUAGAGUUCUUGUCUUGGCUGCAGUCAGAGAUUGGGUAUUUAUGUCGAGGUUUCCCAACUUCACACCUUCGAAUCCCCGUAUUCUGUCAAGUUAUAGACACAUGAUCUCCACCUUAGGUUAGUUCUCCGCCAUUGAUGAUUAUGCAGGAACUAAUCCAGUAGAUGGGAGAGACAAGCUUUAUAGCUUGGACAUGGCAGCUCAUCGCACCAUGAUCGAAGAAAAAUGGUUUAACGAAAAGUUGAUACCCAGAAGAGCCAUGGAUCUUGCGGACAGAUUUUCUAAUGCAGUAGCUCCCUUGUUCACAGCAACAUCAGAAAGUGUAGGAGAUGGGCUAUUCCAUACUUGGGGUGAGCACAGGGAAUGUUGGAAAGACAGACGAGCACAUCUGCAAGAAAUCUUCCAAACAGCCUUAAUCUUGAAGGCAGAUUCCGUGGUCACAAAAUAUCUGUAUGAAUUCGCACUCUAUCCAGUGGGAACAACAUUCGUGGGAGAUACCUCGGAUUUAAAAGAAUCAGGAAAGCCCAAGAAUGGAGAUAAUUGGAUUCAUGCAUCAUUUCACGUAUACGAUUCUAUGAAUUUUGGCAAUGCUAAGGAGACCGCGCUGGUGCAGACGGAGAAUUUUGUGAAGGCUUCCGGAAAAAUGGCCGAGGCAAAGUACAGUAAGGUUUUGCUGCUUCCUAAGAGGCAAUCUGAAGCUGCUUCCAGUCGUAUCAUAGAGACUGCUGAAAACUCAAGUCCCAAACAUAAAACUGCUGGUCAAUCAAACGUUGAACCUGAAGCUGGUACCCAACAAAUUAACGACGCCACCAAUAGUACUGUUGGAGGUGUGAAAGAAAUGAAGCCGCAGGAAGCGAAGAUGGUUCAAAAUCUGGUCCAGGUAGAAGUCCGCCUCUUCCAACGUGCGGGGAAUGUGGUAAAGAAUUCCCAGUUGCUGCUUUAUUACGCAGGCAUGAAAAAAAUAGUGAGUAACUCCUCAUGGUUCGUCGCAAGCUGUUCUAAGAUCUUUGAACAGGAAGUUGUACAGAGUGCAGUGAGUGUGGCAGAAGAUUCGGUCGCGCCUCUGCUCUGCUUAAUCACCAAAAGGCUGAGCAUAGCGGAUAUCGUGCAUCGAGAUUUGGCGAGAUCAUCGAGCAGGCGUAUACGCAGCCGCAGAUCAGCGCCAUAGUGGACCAGGAGAAGGGUCGAUACCAUGAAGAGAUUUUGGCUGCUGUAGCCAGGAAUUUCAGUCCAACACAUCAACGCACUGGUCAUAAUCCGGGAAACCAGCUGGUGGAAGCGCAGCGAACUUCCUCCGCAAUUGCACCCCAGGUUAGACCCACAAAAGUCCUCCGCGAUGAACUCGAGCAGAAAAUUCUUGAAAGCGAAACCGUGGACGUCGAGGCAAAAUGCGAGCUUUGUGGAAAACUAUUUUCGAAUAGAGAUAAUUUACAAUGCCAUAACAAAAAGAGUGGAGUCACUAUCCACACGGGUCUUAUGUGCAUGUCGCUGAUAUAAUAUAGCAGAUACCUGCUCAUUCGAGUGUCCAGAUUGCAAGACAACAUUCGCGGAUCCCGAAGAAAGACGUCGUCACCAGCGUACUGAGCACAGAUUCGUGGAAAGGGAGCUAAAAGACCCGAGAACAAUAUCUGAACCACAAACUCCUCCAACCUCCCCCAGAAAAACCGACAAAUCGCGGAGAUCAAAUCAUACAAGAACCCCGUCAUCGAAUGAUGCCCGAGUUCUUGAUAAAAGCAAGUCUUCUCCCAUCCCAGCCCCACUGCCGUACUCAUCUACAUUACUAUCUCAUUGUCUAUGCGGCGACUAACAAUCUUGAAGAUGGUAAACCUCGUUACAAGAAAACUCCCCGCAAAGAAGCAGAAGACUCAGACGCAGACGACAUUCUCUCUCCAUCCGAGAUUACGAAAACAGAGCGAGCCCAGAGAAGAAGAUGUAAUAGAUCUUCCGAUAGAGCUGAGGCAAGGAUGACAAAUAGCCAGGAAUCACCAGUCACACCCGGUGCAAGACGAAGUCAGACUCCUGUAAUAGAAGAAUGCUUGAGAUGAAUUGCAUUCUUCAAGGACAGGCGGUCUAGGGAAUAUUUUCCUCCGGAAAUAUA